GACCCCCGCCUUGGCAUUGGGCUUCACUGAUUGGUUGAUGCCGAGUGACGUAUUCAGAUCGCGACUUUGGAGCAGCGACAGCGAGGUUAUGUGGCUGAGCACUUGCUGGUGGCUUAGGGUUCCCGUGCAGCGGCUCUUCGACUUACGUCCCCUCUGCUUCACCAAGACUUGGGGUGUCUCUUGGAGCCGAAUGGCAGAAACACUGUCGGCCGAGGCCGAGGCAGCGGGCAUGCUGAGGGCCCCGGCUCAACAAAACGGUGACGCUGGUGGCGACGCGAGGCGUGAGCCGCUCCCAGGGCUCCCGGAGCCGGCCCCGGGAAACAGGGAGCAGAGCCCCGGAGGUGGAGAGCAGGCUUCGGCUGCAGCCCCCGGCCCAGGCAAGCGGAAGAAGCGGCGGGGCGCCGCCGGGGAACGCGUGGUGCCGCCCCCGAAGAAGCGGCGAACUGGGGUGAGCUUCAGCGAUGAGCACUUUGCAGAGACCAGCUACUACUUCGAGGGAGGUCUGCGCAAGGUGCGGCCCUAUUACUUUGACUUCCGUACCUACUGCAAAGGCCGCUGGGUGGGCCACAGCUUGCUGCACGUCUUCAGCACCGAGUUCCGGGCCCAGCCGCUGGCCUACUACCAGGCCGCCCUCCGGGCUGGCCGCCUGCACCUCAACGAGGAGCCGGUACAGGACCUCAGCAUCGUGCUCAAGGACAAUGAUUUCUUGCGGAACACAGUGCACAGGCAUGAGCCACCUGUUACAGCAGAACCUAUUCGCCUACUAGCUGAGAACGACGACGUGGUGGUCGUAGACAAGCCAUCUUCCAUUCCCGUCCACCCCUGCGGCCGCUUCCGGCAUAACACAGUCAUCUUCAUCCUGGGCAAGGAGCACCAACUCAAGGAGCUACACCCAUUGCAUCGCCUUGACCGCCUUACAUCAGGGGUGCUCAUGUUUGCCAAGACAGCUGCUGUGUCUGAGAGAAUUCAUGAGCAGGUUCGGGACCGGCAGCUGGAGAAGGAGUACGUGUGCCGGGUGGAAGGGGAGUUUCCUGUCGAGGAAGUGACCUGCAAGGAACCCAUCUUAGUGGUGUCUUACAAAGUAGGCGUGUGCCGGGUAGAUCCCCGGGGCAAGCCCUGCGAGACAGUGUUCCAGAGGCUGAGCUACAACGGCCACUCCAGCGUGGUGCGGUGCCGGCCACUCACAGGCCGCACCCACCAGAUCCGAGUCCAUCUGCAGUUCUUGGGCCACCCCAUUCUCAAUGACCCCAUCUACAACUCAGUUAUCUGGGGUCCCUCUCGAGGCCGAGGUGGCCACAUUCCCAAGACAGAUGAGGAACUGCUGCGGGACCUGGUGGCAGAGCACCAAGCAAAACAAAGCCUGGACGUGCUAGAUCUGUGUGAGAGCGACCUGUCCCCAGGACUCACAGACCCUACAGCUCCCUCCUCAGAGUUGGGCGAGGAUGGCAUGCAGAAGUUGGCUGCAGUCCCGAAGAUGGCCGGAGUAGUCGAGGCAGCCUCCCAGGAUCUGGACACAGCGGCCUCGGCUCCAGAGAAGGCCCCUGAAACUGAUGUCCCAAAUCGAGAGACAGACCCACUGUGUGCAGAGUGCCGGCUGCUGCACCAGGAUCCCUUGCCCCGGGAACUUGUGAUGUUCCUACAUGCCUUGCGCUAUAAAGGGCCAGGUUUUGAGUACUCUUCACCCAUGCCAGCCUGGGCGCAGGAUGACUGGCAAGAAGACUGAAGGCUGUGGCCAGUGAAAGGAUUGCUUCUUGGGUUGGGACAGGUGGGCCCCAGGGCAGGGACUGCCUCCGUGGGCUGGUACUCAGCAUUUCUUUAGGAAUGAGGUUGGGCUGUAAAGGGACCUGUUCGUUACUAUCUCUUUCCUUCCUGUCCUUCCAGCUGGAGUUUGGGGACUUUUUGAUUUAUAAAUAUAUAUCCCCUUUUCUAACACCUAGUCUGAUUGUCUCACUGCUUGUUUCUUUUAUUGAGAUAAAUUUCAUGUAACAUAAAGUUCACCACUUUAAUGUGUAUAAUUCAGUGGCACUUAGUACGUUCACAAUGUUAUUGAA